CCAAUAGCAGGCCUGUGCCGGACAUAUCACAUUUGGUUUGUCGACCAGCUCCAGUGUUUCCAAUAUUUCUGUUGCUAUCACAUCUGAGACAAAUUCUGAGCAUCGAAUCUAAAUGAUGCCCAUACCUUUGGGACUCCGCCAGAUGGGCCUUGGUCCCGGGAACACAGCCGGACUGUGGAGGAAGGUAACGUUUCUGCUGGCCAUUCCGGCCAUCGCUCUCUGCGCCAUAAACGCAUUUUCGGGACACGUCCACCACGAGCGCGAGCCGUUUACCAAAUACGAGUAUCUGCGCCGGCGCACUAAGCGCUUCCCGUGGGGCGACGGCAACCAUUCUUUCUUCCACAACAAGGAGGUCAAUGCGCUGCCAGAGGGCUACGAGGACGAAGAUGGCGAAGGCGAGAAGUAAGGACUAGGAUCACACAUCCGGACCGGUCCUAAUUUUUGUUUUCUGGAUUUUUUUGCACUGAUUUUCACCAACCCAUGAAACACUAAACACCUCCAUACUUUGCCACAUUUGUUCAUUGACUUGGAAGGAAGACUGACCUCUUUGCAUUGCUUGGUACAUCGCUAGGGUCUGUUACACUUUAUGCCCAUGGAGGGCGGCUUGUUCUGAAAUAAAUUUAAUGUUUGAGUCGUA